AUGAAAGAUAAAAAAUAUAUGAUUAGUGAUACAUUAGAGAUUCCUCUUAAAAUAGUUGCCAAGUACAUUUCUGAAAAUGAAAGUAUAAGACCCCCACAGAAGAAAUCAAAAGUUAAAAUAAACUGGUUAAAGUUUACAACUCAGCAACCCAGCAUUCUUUCUAAAUUUUGUAGUCUGGGGAAAAUAACAAACCAAGGAUCCAAAGGACAAUCUAAAGAAAAUGAAAAUAGUCUUGAAGAGUGUGAAAAUGAUAGCAUAAUUAAUGGUUGUGGACUUGUCCCAGGAAAUAAUGUUGAUCCAAUUAAUGGUGAUGGGGUUAAGCCCAUAAACAAAGGCACAGAGCAAAUUGGUUUUGAGCUUGUAGAGAAAUUAUUUCAAGGUCAGCUGAUAUUAAGAACUUGUGCAAGAUUCACAGAAAGAAGAGAAGAUUUUCAAGGCAUCAGUGUGCCAGUACAAGAAGAUGAACUUUCCAAAGUAGGGGAGAGUUCUGAAAUUUCUCCAGAGCCAAAAACAGAAAUGAAGACCCUGAGAUGGGCAAUUUCACAGUUUGCUUCAGUGGAGAGGACAGUAGGAGAAGAUAAAUAUUUCUGUGAAAAUUGCCAUCAUUAUACUGAAGCUGAACAAAGUCUUUUUUUUUUUGACAAAAUGUCUGAGUUUGAUUGUUAUGGUGGUGGACUUUCCAAGAUCAACACUCCUUUACUGACACCUCUUAAAUUGUCACUAGAAGAAUGGAGUACAAGGCCAACCAAUGACAGCUAUCGAUUAUUUGCAGUUGUGAUACAUUGUGGCAUUAGAGUUAGUAAUGGGCACUACACUGCUUCUGUUAAAGUCACAGACCUUAACAGUUUAGAACUAGAUAAGGGAAAUUUUGUGCUUGAUCAAAUGUGUGAAAUGGGUAAGCCAGAACCAUUGAAUGAGGAAGAAGCAAGGGAUGUGGUUGAAAAUUAUGACGAUGAAGAAGUGUCGAUUAGAGUCAGUGGAAACACACAACUAAGUAAAGUUUUGAACAACAACAACAAGAAAAAUGUAGAAGCUGCUGGACUUCUUGGAGGACAAAAGAGCAAAGCAAUAGAUUAUGAGCUAUACAACAAAGUACCUAAUCCUGAUAAAGGUGCCAGUGCAGCAUUCGCUAAAAAUAGAAAUUCUGAGACUAACAUUACUAAUGGGACCCUCGAAUCUGAUAGAAACAAGGAAUCCAGUGACCAAACAGGCAUUAACAUUAGUAGAUUUGAAAUUUUGUUUGUAGUGCAAAACUUAAAGGAGUAUGAGGGGAAGUGGUUGCUUUCUGAUGAUUCUGAAGUAAAAGGUACUGAAGAGAAGAAAUUUUUGAAUUCUCUUUCCCCUUCUACAUCUCCUACAUUUCCUUCUUAUUUGCUAUUUUAUAAGAAACUGCAGAUACUUAUCACCUGCUAA